AUGAACAAUAAAACGUCUGAUAGUCCGAGACAAGUUGUAUUUUUAGAUAAAACUUGGAUUUUCGCUAAAGGAAAUAUGUCAAAAUCAUCCUGGCAAGAUGGCACCACGAAAUGUUAUUCUUCUAAUCGUUCCGGUAAUGGUAAACAGUACAUUAUACUUCAUGCUGGAAAUGAUGAGGGUUUUAUUCCGGAAGCUAGUUUAGUUUUUUCGUCCACAAAGAAUACAGGUGAUUACCAUGGAAAUAUGGAUGCAAAUAUUUUUGAAGAAUGGUUUGAAGAAAACUUGUUGAAAAAAUUGGAGCGACCAUCCAUAAUAGUGUUGGAUAAUGCAUCCUACCACUCCAGAGUAGAAGAGAGAUUUCCUUCAAGCAACUGGACAAAAGAAGAAAUACAGUUGUGGUUGACAGAAAAGAAAGUUUAUCACAGUGACAUAUUUUUAAAAGUUGAUUUACUUCAAAGGUGUAGAGAGCACAAAAUUCAAAAUAAAUUUGUUACUGACCAAAUGGCUCUUAAAUAUGGCCAUGAAGUUCUUCGACUUCCGCCCUAUCAUUGCCACUAUAAUGCAAUUGAGUUAGUUUGGGGUAUAGCCAAAAAUUUUUAUGAUAAACAUGCAUCCAAAACAACAGAUCACGCUAGCGUUCUUAGUUUAUGGAAAGAAUCCCUAGAACAAAUAAAAGCAGUACAAUGGCAAAAUUGUAUUAGACAUACUGAAGACAUAAUCGUUCAGUCUUUUCAAACCGAGCGAGUUAUAGACGAGGUCCGGCCUCUAAUUAUUCGGAUAGACAAUUCAGAUAGUGACGACUUUGAUAGUGAAAUAUCAGACAGUGAAUAG